ACCCCCUGCUGGAUUUGGGGGCAGCGGCCAUGGGAGGGAAGGCUCCAGCCAGCCGGAGAGGCGGCUGGCAUAUAGAGGAGCCACUCGCCCUGUUUUGAAAGCGCGAGGAAGUUUGUCUGGGCAAUGGCCCAGGGGCAGCAGCACGCAGGAGAGGAGAGAGAGCCGUGCGCCCACGAGGCAGCGCAGAGAUGCGGCUCUUUGCGCCCUGAGUGAAGGCCACUCUCUGGGGCGAGGGGAGCCAGACAGGGGGUGGAUGUUUAGCCAGGAGGAGGAAGGGGAACCCAGCCACCUUCAUGGGGCACUGAAGGCGUGAGUCUCGCCCACCUCCCUCGGCGCACCGAUGGCCAGGUGAAAAAAAAUGGCCCACUUUUAGCCGCGCUGGAUGGAAGCGAGGACCCCCUUCUCCAGGCUGCGGGGAAAGGAUGUCCACUCCACGCUCCGGAGCCGCGAUGCUCUGUUCCCCCCCGAGCCGCGUCCGGUGUCUCUGGGAUGGGCUGCUGGGAUGUGGCGAGGCCCUCUGAGCUCCAUCCUCGAGGACCAGAGACGUCUGGCAAGCUUCGCCUCUUCACCUGCAAGGCCGGCCGGAGUCAAACCUCCCUCCCUCGCUUGCUUGUUUCGGUAGAAGCGGCUCGGACUGGGCCGUGGUGGCCGCAGUCGUCCUCGGGGAGAGGAUCAUGAAAGAGGAAGAGCUCAUUGGAGAAGACGGCGAGAUGCCAUCUUUCAGAUACAGGCCAAAUGGCCGGAUGAGGACCAACUGCAGUCAGUGCGAGAAGACCCUGACCCUGCAGACGUCUGUGAAAGUCCUGUAUGUCUUUGUCGUCUUGCUCAUUGUGGCUGUGGUGGUACUGGCAGCUCUGGUCUUCAAGAAGGUGGAUUCUAUAGCUGACGAUGUUAACUCGGCCCAGACAUACUAUGAGAAGAAAAUCGGGUCGGUCCAGGAGAAUCUCCAAGAGCUGGAUCAGAAAUCCGCGGGCAACUGCUCCUUCUGCCAUGAUGCAGGCCAGCUGGGACAGGAGAUCAGCAGGCUGCAAGAGGAGCUGGAGGAGAUUCAGAAGAAGCUUUUGGCACAGGAGGUGUUGCUCGACCGGGCUGGCCAGACCCACCAGCAGCUCUCGUCCGCCAGCAACAAGAUCAACGACGAGGUGGACGGUUGCUUCUCCGCCAUCCAGCGAGUCAACCAGAGCCUGGCGCUCUUCCUGGCACAGGUGAGGGGCUGGCAGGGGGCCACUUCCGAGCUGGGCAGCUCGCUGAAGGAGCUGUCGCAAGAGCGCUUCGACAUGGAGGCCGCCGUGCAGCAAAUGAACUUCACCGUCGGCCAGACCUCGGACUGGGUGCACAUCAUCCAGAGGAAGAUGAAUGAGGAGACCCUGACGCUGCAGAAGAUCGUGUCCGACUGGCAGAACUACACCCGACUGCUGGGGGGCUUGAGGGCCACCUCCUCCAAAACGGGGGAGCUGGUCAAGAGCAUCCAGACCAGCCUGGGCAUCACCUCGCAGAGGAUUGGCCAGAACUCGGAGGGCAUGCACGACCUGGUCUUGCAGGUGAUGAGCCUGCAGCUGCAGCUGGACAACGUCUCCUCCUUCCUGGACGACCACGAGGAGAACAUGCACGACCUCCAGUACCACGCCCGCUACACGCAGAACCGGACGGCUGAGCGGUUCGAGACCCUCGAGGGCCGCAUGGCCUCCCACGAGAUCGAGAUCAGCACCAUCUUCACCAACAUCAACGCCACCGACAGCCACGUCCACAGCAUGCUCAAAUACCUGGACGACGUCCGGCUCUCGUGCACGCUGGGCUUCCAUGCGCAUGCCGAGGAGCUCUACUACCUGAACAGGUCGGUCAGCCUCAUGCUCAGCGCCACCGACCUCCUGCGGGAGCGCUUCAGCCUUCUCAGCGCCCGCCUGGACUUUGACAUCCGGAACCUCUCCAUGGUCAUGGAAGAGAUGAAGGCGGUGGACACUCGCCACGGGCAGAUCCUCCGGAACGUCACUGUCUUGCGAGGUGUCCCUGGGCCCCCCGGCCCUCGAGGAUUCAGAGGCGACAUUGGCGUCAAAGGGCCGACCGGGAGCAGAGGAGCGAAAGGCGACUCCGGGAGCCUGGGUCCACCGGGGCCCCCAGGAGCCCAGGGCCCCCCGGGCAACCCAGGCCCUCCAGGCGAGAGGGGCCUUGUGGGCGCCAAAGGCCUCCCUGGCUUCAAAGGGGCCAAGGGAAGCUUCGGACAAGGGGGCGCCAAAGGGCAAGCGGGCCCCAAGGGCGAUGUGGGGCCCCCAGGGCCUGGGGGGCCACCGGGACCAGCUGGACCUCCUGGGCUGCAGGGGAAGCCGGGCAUCCCAGGGAAAAUGGGGCCGCCGGGCCCCAUUGGGCCGACUGGGCCAAAAGGGGACCCUGGGAUUCAGGGUCGGCCGGGGCUACCAGGGCCCCCGGGACCCCCGGGGAUGUGAGCGGUUCCUUUCUCCCCCAUACAAAAGGCGGUGGUGGUAGAUGUGUUGGAGGGGGGGCGGGCAGGCAGACUCUUUUCUACUGCAGCCACCUGCCCCCACACCCCUGAAAGGCGCAGCCCCACCACCCCAGAUCCUGCCCUCAUUUAUUCUGCACAGUUCAGGGCAGCAGCUUGGGGGGGGGGGGACUGGAGAACCACCCAAGGCAAAGUGUUGCAGCUGCUAACCUCCAGCCCCCCCCCCGCCUUGUCUCAAGCACCUUCUUUGCCCUCCGCUCUGCCCCCCCCCCCCGCAGCCACCCCAGGACCACAGAGAUCGAACCGCUAAACAGAUCACCAGAUCCCUGGCAAUUUGCCCUUCCAAAGGCUCCUUUGGUCAACCUACGCGUGAGCCGGGGAAAGAGGCCAGGGUGUUUUCCAUUGCAGUGGAAGAGCAAAAUUUGUACAUGUGUAGAUUUGGGUGUGUGCAUAUGUGCGUGUGAAAGGUUGCCACCUUUUCCCCUUGCCCUGCUCCUGUGCCUUUUAGCAGCAGCCCAACACAUUAAAAACCCAUAGUUAAGCUAUGGAACUCCCUCCCACUGGAGAUGGCCACCGACUUGGAUGGCUGCACAGUUGCCUUAUGAAGAUGCCUUAUGAAGAAUGGCUUAGGGAGCUGGGUAUGUUUAGCCUGGAGAAGAGAAAGUUAAGGGGUGAUAUGAUAGCCAUGUUCAAAUAUAUCAAAGGAAGUCAUAUAGAGGAGGGAGAAAGGUUGUUUUCUGCUGCUCCAGAGAAGCGGACACGGAGCAAUGGAUUCAAACUACAAGAAAGAAGAUUCCACCUAAACAUUAGGAAGACCUUCCUGACAGUAAGAGCUGUUCGGCAGUGGAAUUUGCUACCAAGGAGUGUGGUGGAGUCUCCUUCUUUGGAGGUCUUUAAGCAGAGGCUUGACAUAUGUCAAGAAUGCUUUGAUGGUGUUUCCUGCUUGGCAGGGGGUUGGACUGGAUGGCCCCUGUGGUCUCUUCCAACUCUAUGAUUCUAUGAUCCCCAGCCUCUCACGGAGCAAGGCAGGGCAACACCUCCAUUGCCUGGAAUCGCAGAAUCGUAGGACAGAACCGCAGAGUUGGAAGGGACCCCCAAGGGUCAUCUAGACCAACCCCCUGCAAUGCAGGAAUUGCAGAUGGAUCAUCCCCAACAGGUGGCCAUCCAGUCCCUGCUGAAAAGCCUCCAAAGCUGUCCUGAGUGAGGAGGCUGCCUUAUCCCUAGUCAGGGGGAGAUCUGUGACUCUCCAGAGACUCGGCCAGAGGAGGGUUUUUCCUCCAGAACCUGCUGGAGCCCCGCCAGAGACUGAACCCGGGAUCUUUCACGUGGAGAGGCUACAGAAUACUAUCUGACCUUCUGGGCGGGAUCCACAGAAUAUAUACAAGCGUGUUCUAGCCUCUCUCACCUUCGCACAGUGAAACACACACCCCCGCCCCUGUUUCAGGAAUUGGUGCCCCACCACCGGGAGGUCAGCCUGGAGGAGGAGCGGGCAGUGGGCCAACAUGCCAGCUCUAGCUGAGGAAGACCUCGGUGGGCUGGAGGCAGCUGCAGACACCCCAAAAAGAUUGCACACGUGCACCCCACAAUCCCCAAAUUUUCCCCCAAUGUACCCUCUGCAGCGAUGCAAAGGACUGUGGGGUGCAAGAUCGUUCACCCUCCAAAAUAUUGUUGCCCCACAAGGCUGCCCGUUCUUGCGACAGCUGUGUGUGUGUUGUGUGGGGAUCGGUUGCAGUGCUGCCUGUUGCGUGCGUGAUGCGUUGUUUCUGUGGGCGCAUGCAUGCCCAUGCGCCCGUUCUAUGGUGCAGCUGGUUUGCGUCAUCAGUCCCCUGCCGAUGUGUAACCCUGGUAUCCAUGUAUCAUGUAACAGCAGCCACAUGUAUAAUUCCAAGACCAAUAAAGAUAUGGAUGUACAA